AUGUCAACGGAUGGUGAGAAGACUGCAGAAAAAUUGAAUUUGCAGAAAAACACAGAGGACAAAAUAAAAGUUGAGAAUGAUGAAGAGACUGACAAGGCCAAUCCAAACAAGGGUCUUUAUGACAUCGAAGUAACGGAUAUAAACAAAAGAGCUUUCAAGUUAGCAGAACUUAAAGGAAAGGUCAUUAUCAUUGUUAAUGUAGCAUCUAAAUGCGGACUGGCCGAGAAGUCCUAUCAGGAAUUAGCUUCUCUCUUGGCCAAGUACCAUUCAAAAGGCUUGAGAAUACUUCUUUUUCCUUGCAGACAAUUUUUAAAUCAAGAGUACGAACAGAUGGAGAAAGUAAGGAGUUUUGCAAAUAAGUUUAGUGAAAAUUUUAUGCUGAUGGAUGAGAUUGAUGUAAAAGGGCCCAGUAUUCAUCCACUGUUUAAAUUCUUGACUGAAAACUUGAAAGGAUUUCUUACAAACAAUAUUAAGUGGAAUUUUACCUAUUUUCUAAUAGGUAGAAAUGGAGAGUUGGUAAGAAGAUAUGGGCCAACCGAGAGAUUGCCUGAUGCAGACAAAGAUUUGGUUCGUUGUAUUGGUGAUGUGGAGGACGAAGUUGAAAACUGA